AUGCCCCCCUCACCCACCUCCCCGCUAACGCACCUCUCCCUCCUCGACGAGCAACUCGACGACCUAACCACCACGCUCGCCCCCCUCCUCACCACCCCCGGCCUCCCCUCCCUCACCGCCACCCUCCCCAUCGCCGACCAGGCCCGCCUCUCCGUGCUGACGGCCUACACGCUCGAGUCCCUCCUCUUCACCUACCUGCGCCUCAACGGCGUCGACGCCAAGUCCCACCCCGUCAUGGAGGAGCUCGCGCGCGUGCGCCAGUACGUCGCAAAGAUCAACGCCGCGCAGGAGGCGCCGAAGCGCAGGGCCGCCGUGGAUAAGGAGGCCGUGGGCCGGUUCGUGAAGGCGGGGCUGGCGGGGAACACGGCGGAGGGGGAGGGCGUGGGGGAGAAGGAGGAGAGGGAGCGGGCUAGGGCUAAGUUUGAGGAGGUGUCGAGACGGAUGGAGAGGAGGGAGGUGGAGGAGGAGGAGGCGAAGGAGAGGGAGAAGGGGGAGAGGGAGAAGGAGAAUGAGGAGCAGGUUACGCGCAUUCUGGAGAGCUUUCGGAGCCAUGGGGUGAAGAGGGGGAGUGAUGAGGAGGCGUCGGGGUCGGUGAGUGGGGCGGGUGCGGGUGGGGGGGCGGAGAAGAGGAAGAGGAGGAGGGGGAGGAAGGGGAAAUAG